UUCGUAAUUUCAUUGUGAUAGGCAACCCUUGUUACAUUUUGUUGUGUUUGUAUCAAUGACUUUUUGAUUUUCACAGUUUAUAAAACUGUCAUACCGCAAACAAAAACCUAACCAACGAUGUUAAUUCGGUUGUUACGGAAACAUUUAAAGAUUUCCAAUAAAAAUCAACCAUUUUAAUAAUUAAUCUGAUGAGUUAAUAACGCAGCAUAAAAUCUUUUCAGAAUGUCGUACUUGAUGGAACACGCUAUUAUAGGCUCGAUUUGUAUGUGCCUUGUUUUGGUUUUUAAUUAUUCGUUGCACCGAAUUGAAGAAGGACAUGUUGGCGUUUAUUACCGUGGAGGAGCUGUACUACCGAAAACAAGUGAACCAGGUUAUCACAUGAUGUUGCCUGUAAUUACUAGCUAUAAAUCUGUACAAGUCACACUGCAAACUGACGAAGUAAAAAAUGUACCAUGUGGUACAAGUGGCGGCGUAAUGAUUUAUUUUGAUAGAAUUGAAGUUGUCAAUCAUUUAAAAGCAUCAAGUGUAAUGGAUAUAGUUAGAAACUACACUGCCGACUAUGAUAAAACGUUAAUAUUCAACAAAGUCCAUCAUGAAUUGAAUCAAUUUUGCAGCAUCCAUACCUUGCAUGAAGUCUAUAUUGAUCUCUUCGAUCAGAUAGAUGAAAAUUUGAAAACGGCUCUGCAAAGAGAUCUAAAUGAAAUGGCACCAGGAUUGACAAUACAAGCGGUACGCGUUACCAAGCCAAAAAUUCCAGAAGUGAUCCGGAAAAACUACGAACUGAUGGAGGGGGAAAAGACUAAGCUGCUAAUAGCUACGCAACACCAAAAGGUAGUAGAAAAAGAUGCAGAAACUGAAAGGAAACGAGCAAUAAUCGAAGCUGAAAAGGAGGCACAAGUCGCUAAGAUCCAAUACGAACAGAAGAUCAUGGAGAAAGAGUCGUUGCAGAAGAUUUCGCAAAUAGAAGACGAGAUGCACGUUGCCAAGCAAAAAAGCAUGGCGGAUGCGGAGUUUUACAAGUUGAGUCAGUUGGCGAAAAUUAAUAAGGAACUGUUGACUAAAGAGUACAUAGAGUUGAAGAAGUAUGAGUCGUUGGCGGCGAAUAGCAAGGUCUAUUUUGGCAAUGAUAUACCUCAGAGUUUUUUAAGUGACACUACCGCAGUGCCUGCCAUUUCCAAUGCCAAGAAAGAGUUAUAAGAGUUUGGGCUGUCAUUUACAUGUUUCCAAAGAAACUUAUUAUUUAAUUCUUUUGUAAAUCUGUAACACAUUUUCUAUUUAACAAUAAACAGUGUUUUCAAA